GACUGCUCAGCUCGGGGGGAGGAGACUCGCGGUUGUCUGAAAGGUGCUUCAGUGAUUUCUGUCAGUGUGACUGUGCCAACUUACUUACCGGCUUAUCCACGCGUCGCCUCCUUUCUCACCCGCAUCGAUCAGCUACCGAAACCAUGAAGAUCUGGACCUCCGAGCACAUAUUUAACCACCCUUGGGAGACGGUGACCAAGGCUGCUAUGCAGAAAUACCCCAACCCCAUGAAUCCCAGUGUGAUCGGCGUGGACGUUCUGGACAGAGGCAUUGACAAGCAGGGACGCCUCCACAGUAAAAGACUGCUCAGCACAGAGUGGGGUCUUCCAUCUAUAGUGAAAUCUAUCAUUGGUAACGCACGGACGUAUACGUAUGUUCAGGAACACUCGGUUGUGGAUCCCAAAGAGAAAACUUUUGAACUUCAAUCUUCAAAUAUCACGUUCACAAACAUGGUGUCUGUGGAUGAAAGGUUAACAUACAAACCCCACCCUGAAGAUCCAGAGAGAACGAUACUGACUCAGGAGGCUAUCAUCUCUGUGAAAGGGGUCAGUCUCAGCAGUUACCUAGAGGGAGUUAUGGCCAGCACCAUCUCUACGAAUGCCGGGAAGGGUCGUGAAGCCAUGGAGUGGGUAAUCAGGCGGCUGAACGCAGAGAUCGAGGAGCUUGCAGCGACGGCACGCGGGACCAUACGCACCCCGAUGGCUGCUGCCGUCACCGAGAAAUGACACCCGCCUCUGCCGUUCAGGACAAUCUGAGAGAGGCUGCACAUCAGUACAACCAGCCUCCCUUUAUGAUGCUCUGCUGCUGCUUUGGUGCUCCGGGUUUUUGUAUUAUUUAAGGGUAAAAUCCCACCAUCUCUUGUAAUUUACUAUCUACAUUAGAUAUAUUUUAAGCAGCAAACUGCAGCAUAAAGGGAAUCCGUUGAGUGUUUUCCGUGGAAGCUACCUGGCAGGGCCAAAGUGGUGAGGGAUCUGAGGCUGAAAAGCGGGUGGCACGCUCAGGGACAAGUUUAAACAUCAUCAUCAUCUGUGUGUACGGAAGCACGAAGCAUCGGCACAAAAGCAUCAGAGGCAACAGAUGAACUGGAAACACUAGAGAAGUGCCAAAGCAGACGCUGCUUUUCGUCCGGCCUCUUCCAAACACCUUUGCCAGCUUUAAUCUGGCAGAAGACCUCAGAAUUCCAGCAAGUCUCCUCUGGUGUGAACUCAGAGUCAAAAGAAAAAUAGUGAGAAGUGAGGAAUAAUCAUGUUGAGAAAACAAUAACCUGUCAAGUUCAACGCAUGUGAAGGGUACAAGACAGCAGGUCGGACUGAAUGGUUGGUUUAACGACCGCAGAAUGUCAAUGAUGUGUUUCACAGUCGGGUUUAUUUGGGUACGAGAGUCAUCUGAACAAUGCUUUCCUGUGGGACCUCCGUGAUAACAGGACACUGUACCGGGCAACAUACACAAGCCUCAUUCUGAACUGUGUUGUUAUUCUGUCAUAAGUAGAAUUGUUGUUAAGGUAUUUAAGUUAAAUGAAGGGAUCAAAAAUAUUUGCCAUAUUUAUGUUUUUGAUACAAAAGACCCUCUCAAAUGCUGCGUUACUGUAGAUAUAAAUCUGUCUGACGUAAAGAGAAACCGUGAAAACCUUUAGUUACACACUGAACCUCUUUGUUGCACUCAAGUGUUUUAUCAACACACUGUUAUUCAUGGCAGCAUGUCCUUUUACUGUACAGCUGCAGUGACUUACUUGCACACUCAAAUUCACAAAAUUUAACAAAAAAAGCUGCUAGACAUGCUGACGGAGCUGAUAACGUGAAGAUGUUGGUAUUACCGUUUGAGUGUUUACAUUGUGUAUUUGAGGGGGUCUUUUAACACGGUGGACAGCAGCGUGGUGACAGUGAAAGCACUAGUUUCUUUCAUAUAUAAUUAAUAUAUAAACUUUUUUUUUUACCUGUUAAAGGAAUAUUUAUUUAGGAAAAAGUUUGUUUUGAAGAACUGAGUUAUAAGUUUGUUUGAUUGUUAAAAAACAUGUGAUAUCACAUGCCCGCCAGAAAAUGUAAUCUGUGCGUUUUGACUGGGUGCCCGUGAAGAAGAAAUGUUCUCAGCAAAUGCAGAUUGUGGCAAUAAAAUAUUUUAACUUGUUAAA